ACAAAACCAGUUUACUCUUCUCGAGAAUCAUGUGUAACUCAAAACCAUCUUCUGCUUCAUCUUCCUUAUUAUCUUGUAAAGACAAAACCCAUUUCUCAAAACUCGAAACCUGUGAUACAGAUCAUCCUCAUUAUUCCGACUUCACGGAUAAUGAUUCUCUAGACCUUAAAAGAUGGCCAACUUUUCUGGAGGGCUUAGAGGAAGUGAAGGCAAUAGGAAGAAUCUCUGGGCCAACGGCGAUGACCGGACUUCUUAUGUACUCAAGAGCAAUGAUAUCGAUGCUGUUCCUAGGCUACCUCGGCGAGCUUGAGUUAGCCGGAGGAUCUCUCUCCAUAGGCUUUGCCAAUAUCACCGGCUACUCCGUCAUCUCCGGUUUGUCCAUGGGGAUGGAACCAAUCUGCGGCCAAGCCUACGGAGCUAAACAAAUGAAGCUUUUAGGACUAACCCUUCAAAGAACCGUCCUCCUCCUCCUCUCCUGCUCGGUCCCUAUAUCUUUCUCUUGGCUCAACAUGCGUCGAAUCCUCUUAUGGUGUGGCCAAGACGAAGAGAUCUCCUCUGUUGCUCAAAAGUUCCUUCUCUUCGCUAUACCUGACCUCUUCCUCCUCUCUCUGCUUCAUCCUCUUCGCAUUUACCUCCGAACACAAAACAUUACAUUACCCGUGACAUACUCCACGGCCGUGUCCGUUCUCCUACACGUUCCUUUGAACUACCUCCUAGUGGUGAAACUCGAGAUGGGAGUCGCGGGAGUCGCUAUAGCUAUGGUUUUGACAAAUCUCAACCUUGUAGUCCUCUUAUCUUCCUUUGUGUAUUUCACGAGCGUGCAUAGUGACACAUGGGUCCCAAUUACUAUUGACUCUCUUAAAGGUUGGUCAUCUUUGCUCUCACUUGCCAUACCCACUUGUGUGUCUGUUUGUUUGGAGUGGUGGUGGUACGAGUUCAUGAUCAUUUUGUGUGGACUUUUGGCUAACCCAAGAGCCACCGUUGCUUCCAUGGGAAUCUUGAUCCAAACGACGGCCUUGGUCUACGUCUUUCCAUCCUCUCUCAGCCUUGGUGUCUCUACAAGAAUUAGCAACGAGCUUGGGGCUAAACGCCCGGCCAAAGCUCGUGUGUCCAUGAUCAUUUCACUCUUCUGCGCGAUCACCUUAGGCUUAAUGGCAAUGGUGUUUGCUGUGCUGGUUAGGCACCAUUGGGGACGCAUGUUUACCACAGAUGCAGAGAUUCUUCAGCUGACUUCCAUCGCAUUGCCCAUUGUGGGGUUAUGUGAGCUCGGAAACUGUCCCCAAACAACCGGUUGUGGGGUUUUAAGAGGAUGUGCAAGACCAACACUUGGUGCCAACAUAAACUUGGGUUCAUUUUACUUUGUGGGCAUGCCGGUCGCUAUUCUGUUUGGUUUUUUUUUCAAACAAGGGUUUCCAGGUCUCUGGCUCGGGUUGCUUGCAGCUCAAGCAACUUGUGCUUCUCUCAUGUUGUGUGCACUUUUGAGAACAGAUUGGGCAGUCCAAGCAGAAAGAGCUGAAGAGCUGACGUCACAAACUCCUGGAAAGUCUCCUCCUCUCCUCCCCAUUGCCAGGUCUAAGAGCAUGUCUACCUCCGGUACAGAAGAUAUGAUAAGAACCACGUUGGUUUAGAUUGAUAGCUAUUCUUUGGAGUCAUUUGCCAUCAACAUUGACGUAACGUACAUAUGUUCUUGUCAUCAUUUUUUGGAGUUUAUAUUGCUCCUUAAUUUCUACUUUUUGAUUCAAGAACGACUUUGUUUUGUGGGCUUUAGUGGUAUUUGUGUUAUUUAUGGUUGUAUUGGUGUGAUAGUUCUAAUUAGCUUUGACUUUAGCAGUUUGUACUUAUGUGUUCCCUUUUGUAAUAACUUCUUUUGGUUUGU